UAUCCAGUAUUGAUACGAUUUGUCACUUGUCAGUUAAUAACUAUAAGUCUGUGAUCUGACAGAAAAAGUCGUUAGAUAAUACUAGUCUAAAAAAUAAUUUUGAAUUUGAAACUUGAUAAAGAUUGAUACUUCUAAGAAAAUGAAUAUAUGUGAUACUGUAGUGAAUAAACUUCCCUCUUAUUUACAUGAUUUAUUCGUUAAUCAAUGUGAAGAUGCAAUACGGUUAGUGUUUUUGAACAAAAGUGAUGAGGAUAUUCGUCCCACCAAAAAUACAAAUUUUAUAUUGAAUGAAACUGAAAAUAGUAUAUCUUUGGAUAUAACAGGAAAUCCUUUAGAAGUUGAUUUGAAAGGAGAUGACUCUUUCUUGCCAGAGAAUUUUCAAGCAGAAAUUAUACAACAUUGGUCUGAAAAUGAAAAUAACCAUUUCCCUUUGUCUAUCAAAGAAGCUAGAAAUUAUUUAAAUUCUCGAUCAAGACAUAAAACCAGUAAUUAUGUAUUUGUUCUUUGUGACGGAAACAAUCCACUUAAAACUAUUGUAUUAGCUGUGAGACAAGUAGAAAAGAAUAUAUAUACUUGUACUGUGGACGUUCUAGGGUGCUUUGCAAAAAAUCAUGAAAAUAUCUCACUAAGUUCAAUGGAAAAAAGUCAUCUGUUAUUAACAGGCAAUAAUGAGUCUAAUAUUACUUAUGUUGUAACAUUUAAAUACUUCAUUUUUGGAACUUUUUUGCAGAAUAUUAGAAACGUUUAUGGUACAAAAUAUUUUGGGAGCAUUUGCAUAGAAACAAGUGUUAAUAAAAAGUGUAAUCUCGAUAACCCUAGCAGUUUAGUAGACGGGACAAAAGUAAGUGUGCAAGUUAUUGCUGGUCACAAGAAUUCAUUAAUAAACUUUCUUUGGGAAGAUCUAGUGUCUGUUUAUGAUUAUUUAAAAUAUUUUAUUACUAAUAAAGGAGAUCCGAAUACAGUUAUAUGCCAAAAUCCAUUGCCAGUUGAAGACAUUUAUAAAAGUGUGAAUGAAAUUAUUCAUACAAAUUUGAUCAAAAGAGAAUUAAAAGUAGAAUUCAGUUUAGAAAAUAUUAGAAUGCCAAAUAUUCUAGAUAAACUUUGGAGCAUUGUAAAGAACUGUGAAGAUUUAAAAACUCUUAGAGAUGUAUUCCAUUAUUUUUUUGAAGAAUUGGCUGAAACUGAAUCCAAUCUAAAACUACCUGAAGACAAUACUUCAAAUAUAGCAGCUAUUAUAAAUGGCAUUCUCGAUGGAAAACUAGCUGUCCCAACAAUCAAUUACUCGGAAGCAUUGAAAUUUUUGAUUGAAAUUGGAGCAGGAAAAUUGAAAAGUGACUACCAGACCAUUCUUAAACAAUUCUAUGUACCAGCUGCAAAAUCAAUUUCAUCUAAAUGGAGUGAAUUUGAAAGUAAAUUGUUAGUGGAGGAGACGCACAGAAAAACCAGAAUUACGCAUCAUUUAAAAGACAAUAAAAUUGCAAUUGAAAAAUGUAUGGCGAAACUUGGUUAUCUAUCAAAACUACACAUAGCAACAGACUUGAUUUAUUUAGUAAAAAAUAAUGCUUUUCUACCUGAAGCUACAUUUGAUUACAUUUGUGAGAGAGUUUGCAAAUGUUACGUCGCCACGAAGGAUAUUAUACAUGAAUUUAAGGAUUUGAUCGAGAAACCAGUUUGUAGCUUCAACAUUUCUGUUAAUAAUUUCGAAAGUAAUGUUGUAGAAAAUAAAAUUCCAGACUUUUGCUCUAUUAGAAUGAGAUCCCAACAAGAUAAAUUAGAAACUCAAACUGUUUAUUUGAUGUCUAAAUAUCUCAUUUUCCCCCCUAAUAUUUAUAAUAACUAUGAUAUUGAUAUUGAUGAAAAACAAACUUUGUAUUAUACAUAUAAAUUACAGAGUCGUGUCGUAACUUUAUAAAAUAAAAUACUAUUUUGAAA